CCUGGCACGCGCGGGUGACCCUGCGGCCGCCUGGCUCUGUCUCGGCCCGCUCAGCCACCUCGCGCAGGUCGCGUCCCGACCCUGGGCCUGGCUUCACGUCUGGCUUGGCCGCUCCUGUUCUCACAGUGGGUUUAGACCCCGUAGGCGCCACGGUCUGGGGCCUUAGACCAAGGCUAGGUACCCCGAGGGAGUUGGAGGUAGAGCGGGAGGGACGGAUGGGCCGGCCCCUCCUGCGGCCAAGGCGGGGCCGGGCUGUGCGGCCUAGCGGGUGGUGCGGCCCUGCGGGAACAGGACUGGGCUUGGACUGCACAUGAGCUUUGUGGGAUCCGGCAGGUGCCCCAGUUUUAAGUGGAAUACUUGGCUGUGGCCCUGGACUCAUGUCGGCCUUGCCAAGGCGUGGACAUAGGUAGGUGCUUUUCAAGUUGAGGGCAGGCAGCCGAGGCUGUGGACCUCUGGGAGAGGAUGGUGACCCCCUGGCGCUUAUCCGUCAGGGUCUACUUGUUGCACCUAAGGGGUUUUGAGCUCAGGACGAACCUCAGCCUUUUGCGACCCUCUGGAUGCCCUCGCAAUGCCAGACUCUGUUGGCUUCUGCUUGGCACUUUGCCCAAAUUCAUCUCUGUCUCUGGGAACAUCGGUGAGGGGGCCCCUGAGAGCUUGUGCCAGCGAACGGCCAGCUGGAGUGACCUGGCUGGCAAUGGGCCUCUGGAGAGAGUCUCCCAGAAGGGGCGGCUAGGCUGCCUCCUUCUGCACCUGCGGCUCUGGCUCCGGGCUGGGGCUCUCUUGGUGAAAUUCUUUCCCCUCCUCCUGCUCUACCCCCUCACAUAUCUGGCUCCCAGUGUCUCCAGCCUCUGGUUCCACCUGCUUCUGAAAGCCACCGAGACCUCAGGUCCCACGUACAUCAAGUUGGGCCAAUGGGCCAGCACCCGGCGAGAUCUCUUUUCAGAGGCCUUCUGUGCCCAGUUCUCCAAGCUGCACGUCCGGGUGCCUCCACACCCUUGGACUCACACUGAGCACGUCCUGCAGCAGGCCUUUGGGGAGGGCUGGGCGAAGGUCCUCUGCUUUGACAAGCAGGAACCUGUGGGUUCAGGCUGCGUGGCCCAAGUGUACAAAGCACGUGCCAAUCCUGCCUUCCUGGAGAGUGACAGCAUCCAGAGACUUGCCCAGCCUUCCUCAGCAGCUGGGGCAGUUGGGGGUCUGAAAGCACUCUUUGGUCAUGUCGAGAAGGGGUGGAGGCCUCAAGAAAGUCUUGCUGACCAGGCAUUUCUAGAAAGUCUGCUCUUCCCUAAAGCUCACCUGUUUGGAUCAAAUGCAGUUCUGUCUCAGGCUUCAGCACCUGCCCGCCUACCUGAACCAGAUCACCUCAUCCCAGUGGCAGUGAAAGUGUUGCACCCUGGCCUGCUCUCUCAGGUGCAGAUGGACCUGCUGCUGAUGAAGAUGGGCAGCCGAGUCCUUGCACUUUUGCCAGGAAUCAAGUGGCUCAGCUUGCCUGAGAUUGUGGAGGAAUUUGAGAAGCUCAUGGUCCAACAGAUCGACCUGCGCUACGAAGCUCGGAAUCUAGAACAUUUCCAGUGCAACUUCCUGAACGUGAAUUCUGUCAAAUUCCCCACUCCCCUGCAUCCCUUUGUCACCAGUGAUGUUUUGGUGGAAACAUAUGAAGAGAGCGUGCCCGUGUCCAGUUACCAGCAGGCAGGGAUUCCUGUUGACUUGAAGAGGAAGAUCGCGUGGCUGGGGAUCAACAUGCUCCUGAAGAUGAUAUUUGUGGACAACUUCGUCCAUGCGGACCUUCAUCCUGGGAACAUCCUGGUCCAGGGUGCUGAUGGUCUGUCCAAGAGCCAAGAGGAACGGCUACAGCAAGUAGACGUCUGUGACACGCUGGCGGUGGCCGUGGCACCUGCCCAGUGCCCGCUGCGCCUGGUGCUCCUAGAUGCCGGCAUCGUGGCUGAGCUACAGGCCGCUGACCUGAGGAACUUCCGGGCUGUUUUCAUGGCGGUGGCGAUGGGGCAGGGACAAAGAGUGGCUGAGCUCAUCCUGCAUCACGCUCGGGCCAGUGAGUGCAGGGAUGUGGAGGGAUUCAAGGCCGAGAUGGCCACACUGGUGACCCAGGCCAGGAAGAACACCAUCACCCUGGAAAAGCUUCAAGUUUCCAGCCUUCUCUCAAAUGUCUUUAAGUUACUGAUGACUCACAAGGUAAAGCUUGAGAGCAACUUUGCCUCCAUUGUGUUUGCCAUCAUGGUGCUGGAGGGGCUUGGUCGCUCUCUGGACCCCAAACUGGACAUCCUGGAGGCAGCAAAGCCUUUCCUUCUGAAAGAACUAGUGUCCUCCCCGUGACUGUGGCAGUGGCAUGCACUGGCCGUUAGCUCAGAACUAAAGUCCACUCCCAACAGCCUCUCCUGUGGCAGUUUGAACAUUUUAAAAUGGGGAUGUGGAAGGCAGGCCAUUGCUUUUCACUGAUUUGGUUUCAAGUGUCUGUUUUAACAGCUUUCGGUUAUUUGGGGAAGUAAAAGGAGGGAAGGGUCCUAUCUGUUCAGCUGUAGAAGUUGAACUGUUCUGUGGAGGAUGAAUAAACUUAGUUAUUUUGUUUUC